GGAAUUAAAAAUCGAAACCGCAAGAUAUCACCGUUCUCUUUCAUUUCGAAAUUUCAACAGCCUCAAGGUCCUUCACGCCUGCUGGUGUUGGAACUGGGAAAUUGAAAGAAAAUAUACAAGUGCAAUAGCCUUGAGUCACGGAAUCUGCACAAAAUUCGCAAUCGUUGUUCGAUUGUCUGUCAUUUGAUCUUUCGAUAAGAAUGAUCCGAUUCAUACUUCUGCAGAACAGACAAGGCAAGACUCGUCUCGCCAAAUACUAUGUACCUCUUGAAGAUUCCGAGAAGCACAAAGUUGAAUACGAGGUUCAUCGGUUGGUUGUCAACAGAGAUCCCAAGUUCACGAAUUUUGUUGAGUUCCGAACACACAAGGUCAUAUACAGGCGGUAUGCAGGAUUAUUUUUCUCACUGUGUGUUGAUAUCACAGAUAAUGAAUUGGCAUAUUUAGAGUGCAUCCACUUAUUUGUGGAGAUAUUGGAUCAUUUCUUCAGCAAUGUUUGUGAGCUAGAUUUGGUAUUUAACUUUCACAAGGUGUAUCUGAUACUUGAUGAAUUCAUUCUUGCUGGGGAACUCCAAGAAACAAGCAAGAAGGCUAUCAUAGAGAGGAUGGGGGAGUUGGAGAAGCUCGAGUAAACGUCUGUUCUCUAGUUAGAGCAUUUGGAGAUUUCAUCAUUUUCCCUUAUUCUCCUCCCAUACCCAACUUUGUUUUAAUUCAGUUCUGCUUUUAUUUUCUUGCUCAUUGGGCACAGCCAGUUCUUUCUUCCCUUGUAAUAUUUGAAAAUCAAGUCCCAAACUUUCAUUUACACAUCUCCCUUUGGUGUUUGGAACUGUGGGUUAAUCAUGUAUCAUCAAUCAAAACUUUAUUCUUUAUUCAUCAACCAAGGAAAUGAACAAAUUUGUGUUCAAGUUAA